AUGGCCCCCUACCCAACCCGCGACGAAAUCACGUCCAUCUUCAAACACAUGGAGACGGGCGAAUACGACUCCACCUUUGCUCGCGUGCGGCCUAACGUCGACUGGACCGUGAUGGGAACGCAUCCACUGGCCGGCCACUACACAAGUCUCAAGGACUUCCAACAAGCGACUUUUGCGCGACUGGGGAAAAUCAUGAAGGAUCCGGGGAUCAGGCUGAUGGUGCGGAAUGUGAUUGGCGGCGGGGAGCAGGAGUGGGCGACUGUCGAGUUGGUGGCGAAGGCGGAGUGCAAGAAUGGAUUCAAAUUCGACAAUACGUACGCCUGGUGUAUGCGCUUCGACGACGAAGGUCAGGUGGCGGAGGUCCGAGCAUACCUCGACAGUGAGAUGGUCAAAGAAGCAAUUGAGGCGAAUGAGGGCGGCGCACCAAAGAGUAGCAGAGCUCCCGUGCCGCAGUUUUGA